AUGCUACUACCACUACUGGUCUGCGCUGGUGCGUCGGCGCUGCUCAGCUCAGCGGAGAGCAAGAAUAAGCAGUUUUGCACGUGGACAUGCGCUAUCUUCACACUGCAGUGGCCCGGAGCUUUCUGCCAGUCUCUGGACAACACGUCUCUUUGCAAGCUUCCUCCCGAAGUCAACGGUUGGCUCAUCCACGGCUUGUGGCCGCAAAAGACACAGACAUGCUGCGAGUGUUGGCCCAUGUUCGCCUCUGACGUGCAGGAGGUACGGGGCACUCUGGAAGAAAAGUGGCCUUCUUUGCUAAAAAGUCGAUCCAGUUUCGUGUUCUGGAAGGACGAGUGGAGGAAACACGGCACUUGCGCUGCCUGCGUGGAAGGACUCAACUCUCCGUUACAAUACUUCCAGAUGUGCCUCAAACUCAGACAACGCUUCGACCUGCAAAAAGCGCUGGAGGACGCCGGCAUCAAGCCGUCCUGUCAGCGGCUUUACAAGCUAGCUGAAGUGCAGGAGGCGCUGUUUCCUCUCACAGGCAGCAAGAUUGAGAUCCAGUGCAUCAAAGACGACCAGGAGCGUGAGGUUUGGUUUCAAGUGAAGAUCCAACUGUCUCGCAACAUGAGCCUGGGUUGCGAUCACUUCGGCGACACCAACGACAUCCGCAGUGACAGAAGACGGUUUUGGGGUCACCCCUGCCCCGCCGGAGAAGGUCUCUACUACGUCCCCAUCGACCACCAGCGCCCGUUGCGCCCUUGCGGGUGA